AUGCGAUAUCUUUCAGAGGAAGUGUACUUGCCAAAUUUUCAAAAAUUGGCGGCAAAAGGAAUCACAUUUCAGAAGGCUUUUGCACAACAAGCAUUGUGUGCUCCAAGUAGAAAUUCUAUUUUAACCGGUCGUCGACCAGAUGAGUUACGCUUGUAUGACUUUUAUAAUUAUUGGCGCGAUACUGUUGGAAAUUUUUCUACAUUUCCUCAAAUAUUCAAGGAAAACGGAUACGAUACUUACUCGGCGGGAAAAAUAUUCCACCCAGGAAAGAGUUCAAAUUUUACAGACGACUAUCCUUAUAGCUGGACAGUAAAACCCUAUCAUCCUCCGACCGAAAAAUAUAAAGACGACGCCUUGUGUAAAGAUAGACAUAGUAAAAUUUUACACAAAAAUCUGAUUUGCCCUGUCAACGUCAAGGAACAGCCCGAUAAUACUUUACCUGACCUCGAGACAUUAAAAUACUCAAUUGAUAUUAUUAAAAAUAGAAACCAAACUAAACCCUUCUUGCUAGCUGUCGGAUUUCAUAAACCUCAUAUUCCUUUAAAAUAUCCUCAUAAAUACCUUAAAAACGUACCAAUUAGUUCCGUGAAUCCGCCACAUGUUUCCACUAUCCCUGAGAAUCUACCGCUGGUUUCUUGGCAUCCUUGGACAGAUGUACGGCGAAGAGACGACAUUAAGAAACUGAACCUUACUUUUCCAUUCGGAAUAAUGCCUCCGAAAUGGACGUUAAAGAUAAGGCAAAGUUAUUAUGCUGCAUCACUCUACAUAGAUGAUCUAUUGGGAAAACUCAUUAGCCAUGUAAAUCAUAGCAACACCAUAAUUGUCGUUACUAGUGAUCAUGGUUGGUCAUUGGGUGAAAACGGACUUUGGGCAAAGUAUAGCAACUUUGAUGUCGCCCUGAAAGUGCCCUUGAUUUUUAAAAUACCUGGAUAUAAGCCAAAGGUUGUAACCAAGCCAGUUGAAUUGGUUGAUAUAUACCCAACAUUACUUGAAGUGGGUUUAAAUAUAUUUGUUCCAAAAUGUAAGAACAAUGACAAAUCCAAUUUAUGUUCGAGUGGAAAAAGUUUAGUACAUUUAAUGUCAAACAAACAUAAUAAAAGAUCAUUUGCUAUAUCUCAAUAUCCACGGCCACAGGAGCAGCCUACAAUAAAUUCUGAUAAACCAAAGCUAAAAGAUAUAAAAAUAAUGGGUUACAGCAUCCGGACUGAAAAAUAUAGAUACACUGAAUGGAUAUCAUUUAAUAAUACACAUUUCACUAGGAACUGGAAUAAAAUACAUGGCAUUGAACUAUACAAUCAUGUUUGUGACGACGAAGAAUCAAAUAACUUGUACCUAGUACCAUAUUACCAGGAUAUAAAAAAACAAUUAUCAGAAUUACUUAGGUCAACAGUAAAUUACAUAUAG